AUGCCACUUUUUGCAAAAAAUGUAGACGAUUUAGAGAGUGAGGAGAAAGGUAGGUCAAAUUUUGGGGGCACGUGGAUUUUUUAGUGUUAAAAAUUUAUCAGUGUUUGUUCCAGCCACCGCCACCUAUUCAUCACUUCGUACCGGAAUACUUAGCCUAACUCCAGGCGAUCAUAAAUGUCGCCUCUAUUGCUCAGGUCAACAAUGUCGAUUUUGUCGAAUUUAUUUGGCUUCUGAAGCAUCUGGAGCCAAAAUUGAGGAGCAAGCAAUUGAUGGAUUAUAUUCCACGUGGAUUACUGAUGAUAUUCUGGCAAUGGCUAGAUUACAAUUGGAACAUUUUGAGAAAUGUCAAAUUAUUCAGAAAUUUCAAAUGUGAGUUAGAUUUUUUUAUCCACGUGUCAAAAAUAUCCCACUUUUUGCAGAGCCAACAUCAAAUCGGUGAUAAAUUUGCAAGAAUCAAAUGAGCACGCCUAUUGUGGACAAGGAAAUUUGAAAAGUGGAUUCAGUUAUGAUCCGGAAGAUUUGAUGAGAAAUGGAAGUUAGUUUUGAUUUUUUGAAGAGGAGAAGGGAGGGGGUCUGAAAUUAAAGACAAGAAAAAAAUCAAUAUUUAUUCAAAGAUGCAAGAUUUACAACUCAUCCAUUGACCUUGUACCAUCCACAACCUCAGAAUCCGCUAAAAUCACAUUUCCACUUACAAUUAGGUGUUUAUCUUUCUCAGUGUAUAGGUUAUAAAAAAAAGAUAAAAUAGAAAUUACUGUAGUUUAGAUACAGUACUGAAUACAUUACAUUUUGAAGAAAAUUCAGAAAAAAAGUAAUAAUAAUAAUAAUGAAUUUUUCUUAUCAUGAAAUAAAUAUAAACCCAAAAAAAUGCCAAUUUUCGAAUGAUAACGUUUUUUGAAUGGAAAAUUGUAAACAAAAGCUUUAUGGAGCAAGCUAGACUAUAGAAAAAUUAAAGGCACAAACCGUAACUUCAUUCAAAUGUGAUAUCUCUCCAUAUCUCUUUUGCUGAAAAAAAUUGACUUUCCCUUGAAAAUAAAACAAGUUGGUAACUCACUUGCUUUUUUUGAAAAUCUCAAAUUUCGCAUGUAUGGCAUGGCCAUUUGUAGUGAAAAUUUUUCACAAAAAUAUUAAUAUGAAUUUUUAUACAAAAUUACUGUAGUUUAGAUACAGUAUCAUUUUUGGGACUAUUCUGAAAAAUGGAACUUUUAAUUAACAACAAUUUUAAAUUUUAAAAUCACUCACAUUUUCUCAUUUUUUUGUCUGGGCACAUUCGUAUUAUGUGGGAAAAAUAUCUAUGUAGAAUUUUGAGCUUUUUUUGAAGUUGCUUGAAUUUCUGAAAAUCUCUGAAUUCUUUGAAUUCCUUUAUGAGCAAAGAAAUUCUAAAAAUAGGAACUCACAUUUUUUUUAAAAUUUUUUUGUCAGGGCACAUUUUGUAGAAGUGGGAAAAAGUAUUAUUUUUGAGCAAAAUAUGAAUUUUGAUACUGAAUUACUGUAGUUUAGAUACAGUUUUGAAUAGAGAACAUUGAAAAUUAUGAUUUUCUUAUCUUGAAAUUGAAAAGAAAACCUGUCAAAAUUUUUGAGUGACACAAAGUUGACAUUUUAUUCAUUUUUUAAUUGGAAAGAUUUUAACUUACCAAAAAUGGUUUUGGAAUAAAAUCACAAAUUUUCAUUUGAAAAAUCUGAGCUGAAAAUAAUCUCUGAAAAUAUGAGCUGAAAUUGGGAUGUAGAUCUUCUAAAAAAAAUCUGAAAACCCCUGAAAAUUUCCAAAAAAAAACAAAAUUCAAAAAAAUAUUCAUUUAAUUUCGUCAAAGUUCUCUAAAUGAUCCAAGUUGAAUCGAAAUUUUUUUUUGGCUGAAAAAAAAACAUUUUUUUUUCAAAUUUUUCUGAAAAUCAACUCACUCACCAAAUAUAGAAUUACUGUAGUUUAGAUACAGAAUAUUUAGAACAUUUUUGAACUAAAAGUAAAAGUGCAGGAGAGUUGAAAGCUAGUGUAAAGUAAUUAUUUUUCAUUUUUUUUUGGAAAAAAAUUGAGCAGGCGGGUAGAUGGGCGGUUUUUGACCUCACACGAUGAAAAAUAGGCAAAAAAUGCGGAUUUUGGGAUAGUUAAUAGGCCUAGGGGCUUUUUGAGAGCAAGAAAAUCUGGAUUUCUGGAUAGGAAAUAUGCUAGGGGGCUUCUCUAUGGCCUUAGGGAGGCUUUCUGAGAUCGGUCCAAAUAAGCCUAGGAUGUUUUGAGGCCCAAACUUUGGAUAAAACCCUUCAGAAUCCAAAUUUCCCUUUUUCCAGUUUAUCACUACAAUUUUCCCCUUCCGGAUUUCGAAGCCUGCUCCCCUGUUAGAUUAUUAGAUAUUGUGAAAGUGUUUGAUUUUGCGUUGGCCAAUGGGAAAAUCGCAGUUCAUUGUCACGCGGGACACGGAAGAACUGGUAUGGUUAUUGCGGCUUGGAUGAUGUAUUCAAAUGGGAUCACACCAAAUCAAGCUGUUAGUGUUGUUAGGAGUCGAAGGUUGGUGAUGGAUUUGGGAAUGCGGAAGAUUUGCUUCCUAAUUUCAAAUUUUCAACUUUUUUAUUGCUCUAAAUGGGGAACUACAGCAUUUCAUUGAAAAAUUCUAGAGAAUUUUAAAAAUUUUCUAGUCUAAAAUUUUAAAAUAUGAAAAAUUCAAAUUUUCAGUCAGACUUCUACACUUUUUCAUUUACGAAAUUCUCACUGUUUCAAAAAACUUUUUUGUUUCAAGUUUUUUUUAAAAAUGGCUUGUUCUUUGCUGAAAAUUUGAAUUUUUCAUGAAUUUUCAGCCUAGAAAAAUGCUGAACAUGUGGUUCUCUAAAAACCCGAAUUCUUACUGUUUCAAAAUAUUAUUGAAUAUUUUUGUAAAAAUUUUUUUGUUGAUAAAAUCUGGUUGAUUUUUGAGUGAAAAUUUGAAUUUUUUAUCAAAAAUUUGGAAUUCACAAGUUUUUGCUUUUUUCCAGAAGGUUAAAAGAAAAGUUUUGUCAAAUCGGAAAUUAGAAGUUUUAGAAUUUUUUCUAUGUGAAUUUCAAAAAUCCAGAAUUUUCACUGUUUCAAAAUAUUCUUUUACAUUUUCCUGUAUAUUUUUUUUGCAGAGCAAAAGCAGUUCAAAGUCGUGAACAAGUCGAAACUCUUCACAAAUUCAAAUUAUUGAUUCGAAAUAAUGGAGGAAUGAUAAUAAAUUGGUCAAAAUUUCAAACAAUUCCCGAAUACGUCAAAUAUAAUCAACAAUUUUUGAGUAAACCUGAAAUUCGAUUGUAUGGAAAAUUGCCAAAGGUUUUAUUUUUAGAGUUACACGGUCUUUUACAAGGUUAAUAUAUUUUUCUCCAGAUCGUCUAUAUAAUAAUGAGCCAAGUGCUCAAAAAAUGCUACGAAAUAGUGAUUUUCGACGUCGACGAAAGUCAGGAUUAUCGAUUUUUGGUGGAAUGUUCGAGUCCACGAAGUUCGAAUCAAAAUUUCGAUGAGGAAUUGUUGAAUUUGCAAUUGAAUGAGGAGAAUUUGGAGAAAACACAAGAAUUUUAUGUGGAAAUGUGCAAGAAUAGGGGACUGUGUAUUUCGAAUAUGCAAAGGGUUUUUGAGGUGAGGAAGAGAGUCAGAGACGCAGAAACCAUAGAGUUACACGCAGAAACCAUAGAGUUUGUAGAGACGCAGAAAACCUUUUUUUUUUGUAGAAAGAAGAUUUCCGUGAUCUGAUUCGUCUUCUCGAUUUAUUCUUCCAUUCCUCAUUUCACCAAUUAACAUUCCGUGAUGAAUUUUUCCAAAUUUUCGAUGCUCCUCAGGCUGAAAAUGACCACAAAAUAUCGUGGGCUCCAACAUUUUGGUUUCUAAUGAAAUGUUGUCAAGCGUUACCCAAUCAACUUCAUCUCGCAUUUUCGCGCCUUAUUUCAAAGUGAGUACUGUAUCCUACAGUACCCUCAGAAUACGGUAUUUUUGCAGAUGGUUUCUUCGGUCUGAAAUUGGCAUCGCUUUGAAAAUUCAACAAUGGCUUUCGGGUACAUAA